CCCUUCAGUCUGGUCACUGGUGUCUGCAAUGGACAAUCUCAAUACCCAUUCUGAACAGGCCAAUCAACCUCAGGGACAACAAGCAAAUGGCCUUCCUUUGGAUAUACCAACAAGUCAGGUCUUAGAUAGUCCUAUGAUUGAACAACAGAGCACAAAUCAGACGCCGCAAUGGUUCUCCCUUGAGCAGCACAGGCUGCAGUUGGGUCAGGUUCUCCAACUCUGCAACGAGCAGGUUCAGGUGUCGCGGCGGCAGGAAAUGUCUUUACAGAACGCAACUCUAUCAAACAUUCUGACAACUGAUGUGCUGCUCCAGAACGUUGAAGAGGUAGACAGCAUGCGCUUAGAGUUGCAAAGGAUCCGAGAGAAUCAAGAAACUUCACGGCAUGCUUGGGAUCAAUUGCUGCAGGUUGUAGUUGAUGCAAAUGAAACGAACGAGGCACUUAUCAGAAUGUUUGCUGCGUUGCAGCAGGAAAUAAACUCACAUGUUUCAGGCCCUGGAGAUGAAGCAUCAAGUGUAGCGAGCAGAGACAACCAGGACUGAUCGUACUUGUAUGGUUUGCAACUCUAGUGGUGCUUG